CCAUUUCUACGCUCCUCAACUAGAGAAACCAUCUUCCUUCUUCCAUUUUUUUAUAGGGUUUCUGCAAUCAAAAAAUGAGCGCGAAACGGCCUCCACCGGAUCCGAUCGCCGUCCUCCGUGGCCACCGCGCCUCCGUCAUGGACGCAUGCUUCCACUCCUCGAGACCUCUUCUCUUCACUGGCGCUGCCGAUGGAGAACUUCGAGUUUGGGAUACGGUGCAGCAUCGAACACUGUCCUCGACUUGGGCUCAUGGUGGAGCUUCUGGCGUGUAUUCUGUUGCUACCAAUUCUUCUAUUGGGGACCGAGUUGUCAGUCAAGGCCGAGAUGGGACCUGUAAAUUGUGGGAGGUUGAAGAAAGUGGCCUGUCAAGAAAGCCGUUGCUUGCAUUUAGGACGAGUGCAUAUCAUUUUUGCAAGCUUUCGUUGGUGAAAAAUCCAACGGUUGAAGUUGAAAAACCAGAGAAGGAUAUUGAUUCUGAAGAAAGAGGCACCUUGGUGUCUGACGGAGGGAGUGGAAACACCUCUACGACUCCAAUUGGAGGCACUUUCACCAAUGCUAGACAAAAUAUAAUGGUUCUUGCGGGUGAAGAUUCUUCUCAGGUUGAAGUUUGGGACCUCAGUGUUGCAAAAAAGUUAGUGUGCUUUCCCCAGUGCAAUGUGGGAAGCUCCGCAAAGCAAAGAGGAAUGUGUAUGGCCGUUCAAGCGUUUUUACCAUCUGAAUCUCAAGGAUUCCUAAAUAUUUUGACUGGUUACGAAGAUGGAAGCAUGCUUUGGUGGGAUAUACGAAAGACUGAAGUUCCAGUAUCCUCUGUAAAUUAUCAUUCUGAAGCAGUUUUGAGCAUAUCAAUUGAUGGUCAGUGUAGUGGUGGCAUCUCUGGAGCUGCUGACAACAAACUUGUGAUGUUUACCCUCAAUCAUCAAACGGGCUCUUGUACUAUUAAAAAGGAAAUAACUUUGGAGCGACCUGGCAUAGCAAGCACCUCAGUCCGAGCUGACAAUAAAAUUGCAGCAACAGCUGGAUGGGACCAUAGAGUGAGAAUUUAUAACUACCGCAAAGGAAAUGCUCUUGCAGUGCUGAAGUAUCAUAGUGCUUCGUGCAAUGCAGUAUCAUUCACCCCUGAUUGCAAGCUGAUGGCUUCUUGCUCAGAGGACACCAAGGUGGCAUUAUGGGAAUUAUACCCUCCUCGUAUUCAACAAUAGUCAAACCUUGGCAUGUAGCCAGUAGCGGUGACUAAAGACGGCAAUGAGCAAAGACAAAAUGAGCUCCCUAAAGUCCUCAAAGAUUGACUGCUGCGUUACAUACUCCUCCAUUUCGUUGCUGUUCCAGUUUGAAGCAGGAUCCAUACGCACGUUCAAUGUUAUAUAGCUAUGUUGUAUUUGAACUGUAAAGGUUAAUACCUUCCAAUUGAAGCUUCAGUCUUGCAACGAAAUUGUAUUCUUCUUUCA